UUUCUCCGCCCUUCGUUUCUGUGUGAUCAGCGGUUAAUCAUUUGACUAUCAGACUGAGUCAGGGACAGGACGAAGAGAAGAACAGAUGAAUCAUGAGGGUUGUUUUUUUCUUCAUGUGUCUUCUCUUCCAGACUGCACUCAAUCAUCCAGAAGUACCUGAUGAGGAUUUCUUGGGUCCGGCCCAAUGUCUGGAUCAGAAAUACACUCAGCUGUCCUGCUCUAAAGUCUUCUGUCCUCCAUGGAGACGAUGCAUCGCAGGACAGUGUGUCUGUAAGAUGCCUAAUAAAUGUCCGCGGCAGAAAAUUAAAGCCUGCACGCUGGACGGAUCCGAAUAUUACUCCAUGUGUCAGGCCAAUGCAAUCUCCUGCAGAACCAAGAGUCCCACUUUCUCACACUUCAGCCAAUCCUGCAAAGCGGAAGAUAAGGUGGAUGUGAUGGUCUCUGACUCUAAUAAUGUGGUGGAGAUUAAAACUAAAUUGGGAAAAAUGCUGGUAUGUGGCAACGGCUGGAAUAUGGCAGCAGCAAAUGUCGUUUGCCGAAACUCUAAGGGAGUCGACAGAGGAGCAGAGGUGGCAUCUAACAUCCCAUAUGGAUCUCUUGAUGAAGCUGUUGAAUGGUCAAAUGAGUGUAUGAGGGUUCGCUGCACGGGAUCUGAGCUCUCAUUGGCUGAGUGCACAAUCUAUAACCCUGAGCCUAUCAAAACUGGGGUGGCCGCUAUAAAGUGUUAUGAGGAAACUCCAGGUGAAUGUAAGAAGUUUCUCUGUGUGAAUGGGAAGUGUUUAAUCCAUGGAAAACCCUGCGAUGGUGUUGAUGACUGUGGAGACAACAGUGACGAGAUGUGCUGCCAAAAAUGCCAGGGCCGGGCGUUCCUCUGUAAAUCGGGGGUCUGUGUUCCCCAUUACGCCAUCAAAGAUGGAAUCAGGGACUGUCUGGGAGGAGAAGAUGAACUCGAAGUUACAGAAACUGACAGAGAAAUAGAAAACACUUUUACAGAUCCAAUGUCAGAGAUCAGAGAAAUGCGUUCGUCUGCAGAAAGCCAGCUGCAGUGUGGCAUUCCCAACAGACAGGAUGAUCACUAUCAACGCUGGAAACGUUCAGCAGGAUGGGAAGAGACCUUACCGACUCAGAUACAGUGGCAGGUGGCCAUUCGGGAUGAAGGUUCGAUCCGCUGCGGAGGGGUGUAUUUGGGUGGAUGCUGGGUUUUGACCGCCGCCCACUGCCUCAGGCCCAAACCCAAGUCCUUCCAUAUCAUGUUCUCUCUCUGGAAGAAGCAUCGUGUGCAGUCGACGACCGAUCGUGUCCCAGUGAAGAACAUCAUCAUCCAUCAUGAAUAUAACUCUCAAACCUAUGCCAACGACAUCGCUUUGGUGCAGCUGGAGGAGCUGUAUCUUUCGGACAAGUGCAUGCUGGACAAUCCAGCGGUCCGAGCCGUCUGCGUUCCCUGGUCCACCCAACAGUUCCAGCCCAACGACACCUGCACCAUCUCCGGCUGGGGCAGAGGAGCGACUCUGAAAUGGGCAAAUGUGACGCUUGUUGGCGACUGCGAGCAUUACUUCAAGGACCGUUUCCUCCCUGGAAUGGAGUGUGCAGGUGACCUGGACGGGAGGGUGGACUCGUGUCAGGGUGACUCCGGAGGGCCACUGGUGUGCACAGACACGUCUGGUUUGUCAUAUGUGUGGGGAAUAAUGAGCUGGGGAAAUAAAUGCAGCGAACCCAAUAAUCUUGGCAUCUUCACUAAAGUGGCGCAUUAUUUUGAAUGGAUCCGCUCCAACACAGGCUGGCCGGCCGUUACCAAAUUCAACCAGUAAAAUGUUCCCAAAUGUUACCAGUUCUCAUUUACAGAUUGAUGCUUUGUGCUUUUUAAAAAACAUUUGGUUUUUCUUCUAUUAAAGUGCUGAUGACAC